CUAGCAUUCAGAUUCUGAUAAGCAUUUGCGCAUCUACUACAGUAGCUUUAUCUUUUGCUCUUCAAAUCACUAUAAAGUGAAGGCACCAUUUAUAAAGUUAUUUUAAUAGUUAGUAUUUUUACAGUGUAUUUGACUAAGAAGAAAAAACUAAGUGAUUUUAGUGAAAUUUGAUGCGUCCAAGGUUUAGCGAUGUAUCGACCAAGUUUUGCAUUUUGGUACUGCGUGUUUCUGUUUGUCAUUCUAUCCUCGGGAAAGAACGAAGAGUAUUGGGAAAAUUUCACAAGUGGCGAUGCACAAAGUGACAAUUCAACGAUGCUAUACAAACUUAACGCAAAUUCUAUGAAAAAUCAAGAUAAUGAGACAGAUUUAAUGCGUUAUAAUUCGCGAGAAAAUUCUGUGAAAUAUAAAAGUGAAACAAACUCUAUGUUGCAUGGACUUAAUGAACAUUCCAAUGAAGAUAACAAUGAUAAUAUCGUUCUGUAUAAAAUGUGUAAUAAUACUUGCAUACAGCAUUGCUGUAAUUUGAUAAUUGACAAUUGCUAUUUCGUGAAGUUACAAGAGUUUCCGGAUAAUUCUAAUUUUACGUGGGAAGCCGAAUUUGCCUAUUCAUGCGAAGAAAGGGAGCUUCCGUUUGAUAUUAUGGAUAAUGAGAAUACAAUGUUUUUUGACAACAGCUUUCUGAACUUAUCACGUCACGAUAUAUUAAUUUCGUUGUUAUCUAAGUGCGCUAAUAUUUUAUUGCACUCUAACUCAACUAACUGCUUCGCCAUUAUGGAGCAAAACCUAUCGAUAUAUAUGGACAUUAGCAGUGCAGUUUUCAUAGCAUCUUUGCUGUGUCUUCUGAUGACAUUCAUCGUGUAUUCCAUAUGUCCAGAACUUCAAAAUAUACACGGAUAUACUUUGCGUUCAUAUGUAGCAUCAUUGUUCGUCGUAUUUACGAUCAUCCUAAUCGCCAAUAGAAAUCUGUUUGCACAGACGUAUUCUGUCUGUGUUGCAGCAAGUUUACUAUUAUAUUUCUGUUAUUUUACGAGCUUAUUGUGGCAAAAUGCGAUAUGCUUCGACAUUUUACGGACAUUUGGAGGAAUUCGUUUCUUACGUAACAGCGUAAAACAAUCAAAGAGAAAAAUUUUCCUCACGUAUUCGUUCUGUGUGUGGGGAGUCGCCAGCAUUUAUGUCAUUAUUUGUGCUAUAAUGAAUUUUGUUCCCACUGUGCCUGAUAAUAUGCAACCAAAUAUCUGCAUCGAUUCAACACUCGGAUUCUCGGAAGAUAUGGAAAUUGUAUACUUUGAAAUACCCAUAAGUGUUCUUAUCAUCUGCAACAUAUGUUUCUUGAUUUUUACGAUGUUAAACAUCGUAUACGCAACAAAAAAUAUUGACUGCUCUCUAAAAGAUGCAAAGACCAAUCACCAAACUAAGCAAAGAUCUAUGACGUAUCUGAAGCUAUUGCUGUUGGCGGAUAUAAACUUGGGCCUACUAAGAAUAUUUAGAUGGACUAGCGAUAUAAUAAUUGUAAGCUUUAAUAUUUGGGAAUUUAUACCAAAUUAUGUUCUCCUUAUCUUAGAGACGAUAGAAUGCGUGCAAAGCUUCAUCAUUUUCAUCAUAUUUGUUUGCAAGAAAAGAAUUUGGCAAUUACUGUUGAAACGAUUCGGUUGUGAAAAGUUAUUCGUAAAACGGGAAAACAUCAACAAGUAACAAUUGCCGUACCGCAGCUUUACAAACUUCUUUUACAACAGUAACAGAGAUCCACGCAAGAAGUCAAUAUGCAGACUAAUUGUCAUGUGAUUUGUCUCAAAUAGUCAACACUACAAUUAAAACCGUUGCAAGAAAAAAUAUAUUUUUUAUUAUUUUUUAAUAUUUCUUAAAUUAUUUUUAAGAAUUUUAAAUACUAGAUAUUAUUUGUAACUUUUAUCAUAAUUUUUCAUAAAACUGAAUAAUAAAAUUCCAAGAUACGUAUGAUCAAUGCAUAUCAAUUUGCGCGAAAUAUUUCAUUGUUGGUUUUUCUAUACAUGUAAUAAUAAUAUGAUAACAAUAAAAACAUGAAGAUGUACCUAUAUUUAUCAAAAAAUGC